AACAAAUAAAAAAGAAAGUGUUGGACAAUGGUGAUGUCUAUAAUUAUAUAUCAACACCACACCGCCACACUUGCCUUUAUUGUCUAGAACUCUCUCUCUCUCUCUCAAAGACACACACUACCUCAUAAACAAGUUCUAUCUGAGCCUUUUGUUCCUUUGUAAUUCACUCUCAACCGCAAGAGAUCUCUACAAAUCAACAAAGUCAUGUCGGUACUACUUCCUUUGUGUCUGAUUAUCUCCAUGAUUGCCUAUUCAAAUGCGGCGUACUGUGUGUGCAAAGACGGGAACGAGCAAGUGCUUCAGAAGGCAAUAGACUACGCAUGUGGAGCAGGAGCUGACUGUACACAGAUCCAGCAAAACGGUGCUUGUUACCAGCCUAACACCGUCAAAGCCCACUGUGACGUCGCCGUCAACAGUUACUACCAAAAGAAAGCUUCCUCCGGCGCCACCUGUGACUUUAACGGCGCGGCCAUCAUCUCUAGCUCCCCUCCCUCAACGGCGUCAAGCUGUUUAACUGGUUCCAGCUCUAGUGGGACCCCUUCCACUGGGACACCAACCACAGGGACCCCAACCACCGGGACACCAACCAGUGGGUUCCCAUCCACAGGUACUCCGUCCACCGGGACUCCAACCACCGGAAUGCCCAACACCGGGACUCCUUCCACUUCCACUGGUAUGCCAACUUCAGGAACGCCCACCAACGGGAUGCCAACUUCAUCUUCAUCUUCUGUGUUCCCGGGCACUACUCUUGGACCGACCGGGAGCGGUGGGCUAGAUCCGAGCGGUGGAGAGAAGAUAUCAGUCCGAACAAACUCGGUGUUCUUGUUACUAGCCGGUGCAGCUAUUGGGCUUGUGGUUUAGAAAACAUCAUCUCAGGACACACGGUUUGGUUGUAAUGGAUGGACUGAGAUUUUGCCAACGGUUUAGAACUGCUACAUCUUUUUUUUUAACUCGUCUUUGUUAUUAGCUAGUAAUUUGGGGAUGUUCACCAAGAGCUUUUUCUUUAUUUUUGUAAAUCCGGAGGAUGAGAUGCUCUUUUCUAUUAUUUUUAUCUUUUCUUUUUCUUUGAA